UUACGAACCCAAUAUUCCUGCAAAACAGUUCACGUUCUCAUUGCAUCACACAAUGUUACACAACUGACCUUUUCUUAGGAGCGUUCUCAUUUUUAUAAAGAAUGCACGAUAUGGAUUAUCGUAGUUCGUAUUUCGGUAUCCUGUCGUGUGUUGCCCACUGCCGCGUGGUUUACCUGUUCUAGCGCUAGUGCGCUAGUUUCGUUAUACGCAGUGACCAGCUACAAAUAAGCAUCGAGCCGCUUUUGUGACGAAAAUAAAAGUGGGGCCUAAUUACAUCUUACACAGCUAUCUAACAUCCACGCUGUAUUGACUAGAAAUGUGAUAGUUGCCGGAUGUGUGCGCUCGUGUGUGGGGAAAGUGAAAGCAACGCAAAGAAAAUGCGACAUGACACGGAAAAGAAAUAUAGUAUUGUGCUUGGGUGGUGCUGUAUCGCUUUCAGCAGGGCUACAUACAUUCGAGUGAUUUGUUUCAAAUGAGUGAAACAUCUGAAAAAAUGACAGUUGGAUGUGCUAAAGCUACGAAGCGGGUUAUGCAGUACAGUGAAAUAACUUAAUAUAUAGUGUACGCGUUGCUCCAAGCAUGGCUAUUUACGAUAAUAAACACUGGCUACUGUCUCAUAUACGAAACUCCUUCAUAAUAUCCGAUGAUACAGGGAUAAGUGAAAUGGCAAUGCUUGGUGAAGAUAUUCCAAAAACCAUGGCUGAACUAUCAAGGCUUGAGUGUUAUCCAGGACUGGACAUGAGUGAUGAGGAAGAUGAUAUGGAUUCAUUUGGACAGUCUUUCGACAUCAAAUCAGAUAUUGGGUUUGGAAUUCAUCGGCAGCGCUCGAACACGGCGCAGCACUUAGAGAGAAUGAAUCAGGAGAGGAAAAGGGCUGCAGGAAUAAAGCACAUUAAGUGGGAAUCAAACCCAAACGUGUUAUCAAGUGAAGAGAGAGCAGCCCUUUUUGAAAGAAAGGAUUUUCGAAGGAGGAAUACCAUUCCUAGUGGCAAAGUCCAGUCUCUGUUAGCUGAUCAAUUGGAGAAGUAUCCCAAUCUGCCACCAAAUCCUUUCCAAGACUAUGCCAAAUAUGAUGGAACAGCUCAGGUUGGGAUGUCCAAAAGAUCGUAUGGUAUCUUUUUAACUAUGUUACCAGAAGAGCAAAGGAAUUAUCCAAUGCAUGUUGUUGUACUGGCAAAUGCAAAAGUGCAAGACCUUAUUGGGCUGAUAUGCUGGAAAGUGACGCAAGAAUAUGGCAUGAACAAGCUGAAGGACAAUGUUGCUUACUAUGGCCUUUAUAUUGCUGAAGAUGAUGGAGAAGUUGAUUGGUACUUCCCUUGUAUUGAUCCACGAGAGACUGUUGGAAAGUUUACAUUUGCAUACUUGGCCCUUGUUGAACUCAAAGAAGCAGUGAAGCAAGUAGACAACUCCAAAGAUGAGAGGUAUUCUGCUGAAAUUUCAGGAACCACAGAGAGUGGGACAAGGCCUAAAGUAUUGUCACAAGAUGCUGAAGAUUGUCAGAGAAUGAGAAACCAUAUGACAGCUAUGGAAGCACCAUUGUAUCAAUCAUAUCGUUUGUACAUCAUCAACAAACUGACAAAAACAGAAAUUCUUCUAGGAAUAUCUGGAGAGAAAGUAGAGAUUGACCCAGUUGUACAGCAGAAAGUGGCAUCAAAAUUCUGGGGGCGACAGAAAGCUGUAAGCUAUGACAUGGACAAUGUAGCUGCUUGUGACCUCACAGACACAAAAUCCGGUGGCCGUGCAACAUUUCGUCUUGUAUAUCACCAUGCACCAUCAGCUGAGCAAAAUCAGCCUGCAGCAGCCAGUUAUAAGCACCAUGAUUUUGAAGCUGAUCAUGCAACAGCUGAUGAAAUUGUGCAGAAAGUCAAUCAUAUUUUGGAAUUAAGAUCUAGUGUACGGAGAAAAGAAUACCUCACUUUGCGGGAAAGGAAGUCUCACAGGCGGAAGAGUUUCCAUCUUGGACCAAGAUGAUUAUUAGAGUUAGUACUUAGGUAUUUUGGUUAUACAGAUAAGUUAUGUCUUCAGUCUUGUUUAGCUGUUAAUCAUUCCUAAGUACCCAUGGAACCAGACAGUUACUGUUAGGAUAAUCUGAUGAGUAUUAUGUUGUAAUGUUCCUUUGGAAGUUCUCUUCCUUUUAACAAGUAUAGUAUUUUCAUGAAUGUGCCUGUUGACUCAGUCAAGUACUAAAUACUACUGGUUCUGGACCACACAUUUUGUGCAUUAUGGACAUAUAAAUCUGCUAUAAAAUGUGUGAUGCGGUUUUUCAGCUUUUUCCAGUGUACUUCAUGUUGAAAUAGUUCAUGGGUGAACUAUUUUGAUAUUAAUAAGUAUUUGUAAAAUAUGUAAAGAGUGAAAUAUUGUUACCUGGAUAAAGGGACCUUGUGUGACUAUUUUGAAACAUUUUGUUGUUGUUUUACUAUCUAAUGUGACACAGUACUUAAAUCCAUCAGUAUACCAUAGAUAAGAGUUUUGCUUUGUCUCAUUAGUUUUAGAAUUAGCAACUGUGUUUGCUGACAAUGCUUAAAUUUGAGAUUUUUCAAAAUACAGUACAGUUUUCUUUGAGUAGAGCUGCUGUUCGCUGGCUGAGUUUAUCUAAUUUCGAUGUGUCCUUGCAGAACUUGAAUAUGUGAUGAUAUUUUUUUAAUAUUUUAUCUUCAAGUUUUAAGUGGGAGGGGAAGCAGUAAAAUGUUUGUAUAUUUGCUAGGCAAAUACUAUGUCUAUUUAUUGGUAAUUAUAUAUGUAACUGUUAACAUUGAAAGGAAUGUUUUAAAGGACAUUAUGAGCAUGAUGCAAAUUUUACGUGUGUAGUAUAAUGUACUAUUCAGUUUUAGGGCUUAAUACUCUAUGAUUACAAAAUUAUCUAGUAACAAAUACAUGUAAUUAUUUCAUCUUAGCUGCUUUGUGAGUCCUGUUGCAGGAACUUUUAAGAGUGUUGUAUUUAAAGGAACUAUGUGUGAAAUGUGGAAUACCCAUGACUUACAGAUAUUGCUACUCCCUCCCAUUUUAUUAAGUUUGUAUUAUAUGAAAUAUUAUAAAUAUAAUUUUUUGCUACUGCUGUUAUAGUUGUUAAUACUGUGUGUUAAUGUUAAUGUUGUUGUGUUCAGAGAGUUUUGUAUACAAUUUGAACUGUUACUAAAGUCAUUAAUUUAUUUAUAUAUAUGUAUUUGUUUAUUGAUAAUGCAGAAAAUACAAAUUAUAACUUAAUAUCCAUAACAGUGCCUAAACAAUCAGAAACUAUAAUACACUGAGAAGAUUAAUGGUGUAAGGAAAGUACCAGUUGCAGGGGAAAGUUGCUCUUUAGGUUGGCGAGACGUAGUAUGCCAGGCUAAUGGCAGACAAACCAAUGAAAUCUGUUCUUGCAGUAUAAGUGUACUUCGUUUGUUUGUUUAUUUUACUCUAAAUUGUUUUACAUUUUUAAGAGAUGUGUUAAAUGAAAAGGGAUUUUAUAUUGUUUCACAAUGUACUUAUUGCAUAAACUGACAUCAGUUGAUUGCAAUUGUUCAGUGUAGUUGUCAUAAACUUAGUGCUUCUAUGCCAGCUUUACAUAAUAAUCACAUGUAUGCUGCAGGAAAUAAAAUUUUGCAAUCCAGUAUACAUUUAUUUAGAAUAACUUCUUCAUCAUGUUUCUGCUUUUAAUUGUUUUGUUCGGUAACCCACAAGAUAUGAAAAUCUGAUUCUAAGAGAUCUGGUGAGUGUAUAAGCAGAGGGAACAUGAUAAACUGAAACAACUAAUGCCAGUUAACUUCGUUGUUCUAACACUACCAACAUCUUGUUUUGGAGAAACAUUUUACUGUCAUCAUUCCAAAUAUUUCUUUAGAAGUACCAGGUUUUUUUAGUGAUGCUAAACACACUGCACCUUUUUGUCUUAUAGCAUGACCUUGUGUGCAGCCAGAAAAAAGUUAAUAUGGUUUGGUCUACUUAUGAUACUAUCAUAUUAUCAUCACCAUCAUCAUAAUCAUCAUCUAGCUAUCUCUUACUAUCAGAAACAGUCUAGUGUGAAAGUGAUUAAUCUUUCAUCUAAUACAAAGGGCAAGUAUGGAUAGGUUUUGGUUAAGUUAAGGAAAAUAUGGUUUAUGCAAUCUUUUUGAAACAAACUGAAAUGGAUGGUGUAAUGGCUGAGCUAACAUUGUUGUCAAAUAAUGAUCGCUCCUCCUUAACAGUGAGUUAAUCGUUUUCCUGUAUCAUUUUGUCAGAAGUUCUUUCCCAGAUUGACAUGUGGGAAGUUUUCAGUGUUAGGAUCAGCUUUCAAACUCGGUGCUUUCUUUUUCAUUUCUUUACCUGUCGUCACACAGUUCCUCAUCUGCAACUCAGUCAGUUUUCAUUAUUCCACAUUUACAUUUAUUAAUUUGCAGCAAUUACAAUCCUUCAUGUGCCCAAAGUUGUUCCCUGUCCAAUAUGAGUCCGGCAAUUGUUGCAAAUGACCUGAAAACUGGAAAUAAAGAAGAAAAAAAAAGUUUAUUUUCAUAGUGAAUCAAAUUUAUUUCUGAACACAAAUAGAGAUAGCAAAAUACUUGCAUAGAGAAAAGGUAAAAUCUGUGGCACAAGCAUGCGACCUGGCUAUUGAUCUGACUGCAGGGAGAGUUCAGUCUUUCUUUGCCAUAGCACUAGGAGGGGGAGGGUGGCAGGCACAUUGCACCAGCCACCUUUUAACCCUCAAACUGAUCCCCCAGUACUCAUUUGAUAGCAGACUGAGUGGAGCUGGGGUCAUCGUGGAGAAAGUGGAACGAGGAAAAAUCCCCACCUCUAUCCGGGAUUGAACUCGGGACCCCCAGAGCCACUAGACAAUCACAGCAUCAAGUACUUGCGUACUGUCUGUCCAAUAUUAAUUGAGCAGUGGUGGUGGUCUUUUAUAUUCUGGGAUAGCAAAUUUUUUGUUGUUUAAUCCAGAAUGCAUACAUGUUAACAGAUCUUCAAUAUUGUUGAGCAGACUGUUGGUACAGUCUCCCACUGUGUCAGCAGAAUGUAUUUUUACCUCCUAAAAGUCAACCCAUCUUCGUCCAUUUACCCAUGACAAUAAGAAUCUGUAAUACACAUUAGCUAAUUUUUGUGUGAAGUAAAACAAUAUUGUAAAAUAGUCAUUUCAAGCAGAGAAUUCUAAACUUCAUUUAACAAUAAAAUGAAAUGUAAAAUUCAUUUGUUUGUUAUAAAGCCAUCAACGACAUAAUUAUUGUGGAAUAAGGAUUGGUAAAAUUUAAAUAAUUUAGGAGUUAAAGGAGUUAAAGGAGACGACAUAUCGAAUAGCAGAAGCAUUGGGUCAUCGACAAACACACACAAAAUGAGUGAAAACUUCGCUAGCAUUUGGGAGAAAGUGUUUGAUGAGUGAUCACGAGCACGCCCCCCCCCCCCCCCCACACACACACACACACACACACACCCCUGUGCACCUAUAGUGUGCUGCCUGGAUAGACAGUUCAGCAGAUGGACUGGAUUUGGGAUUGUGUUGGGUUGAAUGGGUAGAGGGAGAAAGAGGCUGGAAGCAGGAAGGGAGUUAGAGAUGGAUAGCUGGCAGCUCAGAGGGAGGUAACAGAUGUGCAGGCUAGGAAUGUGAGAGGAAGGGGUGGCAGGUGUGUGGGCUAGGCAUGCAGCGCAAGAGUACUGCCAUAGACAGACACUAUCCCCCAAACCUAGUCCAUAAACAGAUUUCCCGUGUCAUAUCCUCACACCCCUAAUCCUCCCACCACACCCAAGAAUCGGCUGCAAAUGAGCUUCCCCCUCACCAGCCAAUAUCACCGUAGACUGGAGCUAUUGAACCAUGUCUUUCAACAGGGCUUUGAUUAUUUGUUAUCAUGCCUGGAAAUGAUGAACGUCCUGCCAAAGAUCCUCCUCACACCUAAUGUGAUAUUGUGUCAUCCACCCAAUCUACACAUCCUUGCCCAUUCUUAUGCCACUCCCACCACCACCCCCUUGUUCACAUGGGUCAUAUCCUUGUGGAAGACCCACAUACAAUACCUGUCUGAUUCGUGCAUGCAGCGCACCCUACUCUACUCUAGUCUAGUCUAGUCUAGUCUAGUCUAGUCUAGUCUAGUCUAGUCUAGUCUAGUCUAGUCUAGUCUAGUCUAGUCUAGUCUAGUCUAGUCUAGUCUGCUGGUCACAGGCUUGUCCUACCCCAUCAGAGGCAGGGCUACCUGCGAAAGCAGUUGUAGGAUAUACUAGCUCUGCUGCAAUAAUUGCAUAGCAUUUUAUAUCGGCAUGACCACCAACAUUUUUCCACCAGAAUGAAUGGCUACUGACAAACUAUGGCCGAGAACAAAGUUGACCACUUUGUGGCACAGCACAUUGCUGAGCACAACAUGUUUGAGGUCAGUAUCUGCUUCACAACCCAUAUCAGCUGACUCCUUUUCUGUAGUACCGGCUUUUCUGAUUAACAUAGAUGAGAGUUAGCCUUGGAACACGUCUUUCAAUACUAUAAUCCUCCUGGCCUCAAUCUCAGCCAACCCAUUCUCCACACACCCUCCAUCUAACACUUUACCCUUUGUCUGUCCUAUCACUUCCUCCCAAUCCAGGCCUUCACACCAUCUUCUUCGUGCACCGCACCUCAUCAUCUCCGGUCCCCAUGUGCCACAUGCUUAGCUUGGGCACCUGGCACCCUUCAUUCCGACAUUAGUAGCCUGCACACUUGCUGCCUUCCUCUGAGCCACUAGCUAUCUGUCCCCAACCCCUCCUCCAGCUUUCUGCCUCUUUCUUCCUCUACCCACCCAACUCGACACAACCCUCAACCCAGGCCACCCACUGAAUUGACUGUCUUGCUGGUACGAUGUAGUUGGUGCACUGGUUGUGUGUGUGUGUGUGUGUGUGUGUGUGUGUGUGUGUGUGUGUGUGUGUGUGUGUCACACUCUUGCCCAUCAGAGGAUUUCAUAUAACAAAAGCUAUCAAAGUUUUCAUUCUCUUUUGUGUGUGCAGAUCGACGACUCAAUACUUCUGUUCAUUGAGUAGUCUCCUUUAUUCCUAAAUUAUUUAAUUUUUGCCAGAUUUGGAAAAAAAUGUCACAGUUAACAAGCAGUGAAGGAUUAUAUUUUGACUUUUUCAAUCGUAAAUAAAUUGCAGUUUAGAGAACUGUGACUGAAUGAGUUAAAUUUAUUGUCCAGAGAUACACCUGCUCAGUCACUCUGCUACAAAAUAUGUUAAUCUUUACUAUGCAUUUUUCAUGUAUGCAUCACAUUUAACACUGAUCACGUGGUUUUCAGCCAAGUUCAUUAUCUUAUUAACUGAACAUCUGCAGCCUACCACAUGGUACAAUGACACUAUGAAUCAUAUCAUAUGCCAUGUUAGUCAUUUAGUGACAGUAGUAUAAACACUGUGGUCAACAUGUAACAACUAUGUGUGUUAGCUGCCAGAAAACUGGUAGUUACAUAAUUGCACAAAGUUAUUGAUGUCACUGACACUAUAUUUAUUGAACACAUACAGUAAACAAUAUGAUUUUGCAGUAGCCAAAAGAUGUACUUCAAAUUUCUGAACAAUGCACACAGGGUGGCAUAAAUUAAUAGAUUGCACAGUUUUGACUUAGCAGAUGUAUACAUUUAUUGACUAUAAAAUAAACAGAGUUUUGUUAAAUCAGUGUCUAUUAGUUCAACAUAGGUUUUGUGUGCAGUUUUGAAUUAUGUUUGUGUGGCUGUCAGAACUUGGGGAUCUCAUUACGUAUGUCAUUUUCAGUAAACAAAUCAUGUUCAGGGAUGGAGGCAAUUUCAUUGCAUUGAAAAACUUGGAUACUGUUAAGAUUUUUGUAGAGACUAAAAUUUAGACUGGAAUUAUUGUUGAUAGUAAAUGAAAGACCUGGUACUUACGGAGUGUUCCAAUAAUUUUGUUACAAAUGAUGGAAAGCCCAUUUUCCAAUUUGAGAUGUCAUGUGUUUUAAUGUUUUUAUACAUUUCCCUCAAUGUUUUGAAUAUGAACACUGCAGUUUUGUAAGUACCCCUGUUGGGGUUGUGUUUAGUUUUAGAAUUGUGGUCUGCAUUGUGGGUAAUUGUUGCCCAAGACAAUGCUGUUCAGCAUUGAUCUAGAAAACACACAGUUUUAUGCUGUGCAGUCUGAAAUGGACAUAAACAGAUUUUAUGUGAGUGUUUUGGUGCUGGUAUGUUAUUAAGGCUAAAACCAUUGUUACAUGUGAAUUUUGUACAGACUUCUAUCUAGGUAUUUGGUGAUGUAGAAUGUAGUUCUAUUUUUAGAUAGCCAUAACAAAAACAAAACAUUUGUUUAAGCAAUAGUUAAAAAGUAUAUAAAAGGUUGAUAUUUGGUGUUCAGAAAAUAUUCAGUGUGUUUUGCAACAGAUGUGUUUUAUGUAAUUACCUGAUUGAGUACUUGAGUUGCACGUCUAUUGUUUUGGCUUUCAUGACUUUUUUUAAUUGUUAAGAACUAAGUAGCACCUCAUGUUCACUGAUCUUGACUGCUGCAGAACAGUGCAAUGUGGCUAUCAUAAUUCAGGUAUUUUGUGAAGACUAAAAUAUUUUAUAAUACUGUACACUGUGAACACACAGACCUUAUUUUAUUGAAUGACACUUUUAAUAAUACAUGUUUUAUGUCCUCUAAAGAGGUUUUUAUUAUUUAACUAUGAAUUAAAUGAAUACAUUAACUGCAACCUAUCACAUUAUGGGGAGUACUUUGAGCUUCCAAAUUGUCCAACAAUGUAAUAGUGUUUCUCUUUUUUACAGUUAAUUUCUAAUGCAAAAACAUUUUUGUGGAAGCAGAUGCAGAAUUUCAGGACAUACAUCUGCACACUGGAGCCCGCCUUUGCAUGAUAACAGAAAUAAAUAUCUUGAAUCACCCUUUCCUUCGGUAUCCAGAGUCACCCAUUAGUGUCAUGGGUUCAUAACCAUUUUCAUGUUUCAUGAUGUUAUAUCAAGUUACAGUUUGAGUAGCCGUGUUCAGUUUUAUUGCCUGACACCUCUACAGGUGUAUUUGGAACACUUGUUGACACUCGCGUUCGGGAGGACGGUGGUUCAAUCCCAUGUCCGGCAAUCCUGAUUUAGGUUUUCCGUGAUUUCCCUGAAUCACUCCAGGCAAAUGCUGGGAUGGUUCCCUUGAAAGGUCAUGGCUGAUGUCCUCCCCCAUCCUUCCCUGAUCCGAUCAGACCAAUGACCUUGCUGUCUGGUCUCCUUCCCCAAACAACCCAACCCCAACCCCAACUUGUUGACACCUUAAUGUUCUAAUGCAUGUCUUUGUCUGUUGACUAUGUUAAUGGAAGUUCCUUGGUGGAAUAUUAAUAAUAGAAAGAGCAAAAGUAUAAUUCAAGUGUUAAUAGGAACAUAUGUAAGACUAAAAUCAUUGCUAAGCUUUCAAACAUUGUUUUCCUUUAGAAUUAACUAAACAACACAGAUACAGAUAUGUACAUCUACACAGCUAUAUUGAACCAGGCUGAUUGGUGUGUGUGUGUGUGUGUGUGUGUGUGUGUGUGUGUUUGUUUGUUUGUUUGUUUGUUUGUUUGGGGGGGGGUGAGUAUAUGCUCAGGUGUGUGUUUGUUUUAUUAUUAUUUUAAUAAUAACUGAUUGGAUAUGAGAAACUACAUUUUUGCCGCUUAUUUAAUUGAUUAUUUAUUUUUGCCUACUGGGUUUUGGGUUAUUAUACUAAACAAUGGGCUAAUGAACUGAAACCUUGAUUGCAAAAAUAGAUGGUCAAACAAGUGGCAAAUAAUGUGUUUUUUCCAUGUAGUAAUGUUUUUCUGAGUAUCCAUAAUGAAGUGUCAACAGUCAAAUGAUUUUUUGGAGAAAGUGUUUAUAGUGACAAUAUUAUGUGAAUUUUUUACAAUAAUGCAUCAACAUUACACACAUUUAUUCAAGAAACUUCAUACUCUUUCCAAAACAAGCACCAUGUCUGUUCAAUAUGUAUGGGACAGAACAGCCCCUUCUCUUUUAUAACACAAUCAGAAAUAAACAUAGGGUUAACUCCAAAAACCAAACCCUUUGCCAAUAGGACAUCUACGUGGAUACUCUGCAAAUCACAUUUAAAUAUAUUCAGCAGGUUUUUACCACUGAAACGAAUAACUAAAAAACUUAAAGAUUUUGUAUAGUUAAUGUUUUUCAUUGUUUUUCAGUACGUGUCUAUAUGUAAUUCUGAGAUACUGCUUAAAUGAUUUAUUCUGUGUGUGUUCGUUUGUGAUGUUCACAAGUGUCCUUAUGAACAGUAUGUACAUAAACCCACUUAUAAACUUACUUUAUAACAGUAAUUUUGUAUAAGUUUUGUAUGCUUAUGUUGCUCAGCUUUUGCACAAUGUAAAUGCAAUUCAUGAUUAUUUUAUGUGUAUAAAAGUAUUCAUAUACAAAAUAUAAAUAAUUAUGAAAUAA